AAAUAACAGUUUUCUAACCCUAAUUUUGCGAAUUUUCCAAAUAUUUUCCUUGUGAAUCAUAGAAAUUAGACUUCACGGUACUUAAAUACUGUGUUUAAGGACGACAAACAAUUGUGUUGAAUGAAACUUGAAUUUUGUGCGUCUUAAAGGGUGUGAUUGAUCUCUAGAAGCCUGACAGUUAACAAUUUUCUUAAUUUCUAGAAAAAAGUGGUUUUAUUUUUGCGAACUAUAAUUUGAAGAUUAUUUUGUUGAUUCCAGUCCAUAAUAAAAGUAUCCAUUUGCUGAAUUUGCAAGUGAAUCACCUGACAUGAGUGAGAGCCUCUGCGGGAUGAUGCAGUCUUCAUCAGAGAUAUGUGGCGGCCAGCCACAUUCACACUCCCCAUAGAGCUCAGGUGUCGAUGAUGUCGGCCGUCAGCGGCACGGGAGACCAGCUGCUCCGCCGCGUCAAGCAAGAAGCCGAGCCCCCACCACAGUACUCCCCCACGGAACAACUCGCCCUGGCCUCCCCGCCGCUUCCGAGGCCUAUGCUCAUGCCGCAAGAGAUGGAACUGGAGCCCAAAGAAGAGGUGAAGUACUGCGUGUCUCCCGGCGAGGGUAUCGUCGGCAACACCAGCCCCGAGCAGCAGCACUGCUCUUCCACCACCGCGGCUGCCCCGAGCACUAGGGAUGAUGAUGCACCCAGGAGGCUGUGUCUCGUCUGUGGAGACGUGGCGUCUGGGUUCCACUACGGAGUGGCUAGCUGUGAGGCUUGCAAGGCGUUCUUCAAGAGGACUAUUCAGGGCAACAUAGAAUACACCUGCCCCGCCUCGAACGAGUGCGAGAUCAACAAGCGCCGGCGCAAGGCGUGCCAGGCGUGCCGCUUCCGCAAGUGCCUGCGCACCGGCAUGCUGCGCGAGGGCGUGCGCCUGGACCGCGUGCGCGGCGGCCGCCAGAAGUACCGCCGGGCGCCCGACCCGCCGCCGCAGGCGAGGCCGCACCUUGACGACAUCAAGAUCCUGGAAGUCCUCUCCUCGUACGAGCCCGAGCCGUUCACCUGCGGCGCCCCGCCGGCCGGGGUCACUGAACCCUCGGCCCGCACGCUCGCCCUACUCGCCGACCUGUAUGACAGAGAGCUGGUGGGCGUCAUCAGCUGGGCGAAGCAGAUUCCCGGCUUCACUGACCUGCAGCUUAAUGACCAGAUGCGUCUCCUCCAAAGCACAUGGGCCGAGAUGCUCUCACUAAUGCUCGCCUACCGAUCACAGUCAACAGGCGGCGGUACGCUGCGCCUGCGCUUCGCUACAGACUUGCAGUUAGACGAGCAACAGGCGAGGGAUAUCGGGGCUGGAGAACUGUUCGCACAGGUGGCGGGCGUGGUCCGGCGACUCGAACGCGCAGCGGCGCUCCGCGAGGAAUGUUGGCUGCUAAAAGCCCUCGUGCUAGCUAACAGUGAAGCUCGCAUUGAGGAACACGCUGCUUUACGUCGCUUCAGAGACGCUAUACUAGCUGCGCUGAAUGACGCCGUGUCUGCGCUUAGGCCAUAUAACGCCGGCGCGGCGCUGCAACAACUGCUACUGGUACUGCCUGCUCUGCGGCAUGCCGAUGUGGCCGUGCGUCGCUUCUGGGCGCAGGUGUACCGCGACCGACGGGCUCCAAUGAACAAGCUUUUCGUUGAAAUGCUAGAGGCAUGUCUCCGGUAAGCCCCAGGUCUAAACACCUGGAAACUAACUGCGGUGUACCCAGACUUCUGGACUGGAUGGUGUACCAGAUGUAAUCUGGAAGGAAUUGACAGUGAUGGAACUGAAUCCAGGUUUAACCUGGAAGACCUGGACGGUUGAAAACUAAAAAAUUUGCUGCAUGAUGAAGAUUUGUUAUAAGAACUAUUGUUAUUUAUGAAGAAAAGUGAUUUGAAAGACUACAGGUUUAACCUGGAAGUUAGCAAUAAUGGGCGGUGCCAUAUGAUAUAAGAAAAAGGUUAUUGAUAAGCAAUAAAGAAGAAAAAGAUCUGCAGUUUCCAGAUAUUUGUGAAAAGUGGAAAGAACUUAUGCACCGUAAUGUCGGAUAACAGUGACAGUAAAUACCUGGUACUAGGUAGUGAGUAAAUACUAGUGACUAGAGACUAGUGAUUAAAUACUAGUGACGGUUGGAGUGACCUCAAGUUAUUGUUUAAGUGUUUGGCGCGGGGUACGGAUUUCGUUUGGAAUUACAUAUCAUUCUGUCGUAGCAUUUAAUGUUCAGUCAUUUGUGGUUUUAGGUUGUUCUGACUGUUGGGUAAUUUUAUUGAAAACAUUUUAUUAAGACCAAAUUAUUACUAAAGGAACUAUUUCAGAUGUCAGUGACAUAUUAAAUAUAAUACAGGGUGGCUCAAAAUACGUUGUUAUCUGAGUGUAUUUCUAUGUAAAGCGGAAUUUAAAAUAUAUUUUUCAGUUAUCUUAUUGUAUCUAAUUUUAAUUUUAUGAUGAUAAUUUCUGAAAAGAUGUGUUAUAAUUACAAAAAUAGACUUGUCAACGUAUUUGAAGUCUACCGUAUAGUUUAAAAUAAUUACGAUAGAUAUCGCCAGACUCUAUGGCGUGGCGUAACAAAUAAUGUUCUUUGUGUACUGUCAUUUUUUUUUUUUUUUCAAUAUUUCAACAGUCAGAAUUUUAAUAGUAUGUAAAUAUAAUUUAACGAUUUGACAGACUGCAAGUCUGGUGUGAUGGCUGUGAGAUGGCAACCUUGGGAGUGUAUCUGUAAUAUCUGUCAAACUGUCAAUUGUUUCAACUGUCCCCGCGCCGCGAUGUACAAACGGACGUUCUAGUACAAAACUUGUUACUAUUUUUGUAUAUUAAAUAUAUAUAUUAGCUUUACGGUAAGGAGCGAGAAUGGUUGAGUACUUUAAUACAGGGUGGUGAGUUAUACAUAGAGAUGGCCAUAUUUGAAGUUAGAUUUGGUAAAAUUUAUUGGUUAGUAUAGUGGGUGUGAGACACCCUAUGUAUAUCGGCUGUAGCGUGGUCGCGUUUUUAUCGCCUAUCUUUCUUUCGUUACUUUAACACGUAUACAGGUUGAAAUAAAAGGACCAGCCAAACUUUUCAUAGUGACUUUUGAGGCCAUAAUGAUUAUUCACAGGUAUACUGUGACCGAUGGGCUCCAAUGAACAAGUUCUUGUUGAAAUGCUAGAGGCAUGUCUCCGGUAAGCCCCAGGUCUUAACACCUGGAAGCUAACUACGGUGUACUCACACUUCUGGACUGAGGACAGUGUGCCAGAUGUCAGCUUUUAUUAUGGAACCGAUACCGAAAUCGCUGUUCCAUACAUUCUGACUGGCGUGAUGCCGCUCAUCUCUAGGAAAAAGCCAAGUUUUUAUUUUUAUUUCACCCUGUAUAAUACUAGUUUGAACGUGACAGUAUGGUGACAGGCGAGAAAGACACGACUAGCUGAGCUCUACUGGAUUGACUAUGAAGCAGUAUUUCGAGUUUGUCAAAUUUGUCCAAUUGUUUUUUUGUCAUGUCACUGGGACUUUGACAGUUGAGUUUUUCAAACGAAAAAUAAAAUAAGUACAAAAAAAAUCUUUUUUGCAUUGUUUCAAAAUAAAUUGGUUAAAAUAGUAAUUGUAAAGUAAAUACAUAUAUUAUUAAUAUAAUAACUAUUAAUCAAUCACGAUCAUUUACAAUUUGAAAAAAAUUAACUGUCAAUAGUAUACAUGGUGUAACCUGUUGACUGCGUUAGUUUCAAUUAUUAUUGACAUAUGACACGUGUACAAAAUUCUCUAGAAACUUCAUUGGAUAGUUCCCGUAAGUCGUAUUCGGCAUUUAUGGUUGUUCCUUGUUUGUAUUUGCCGUUAUUUGCUUGUAUUGAAUACGUCUUUGUACAAAUCGUUGAAUGAGAUUGUAUUAAAUACUGUUAAGAUGUAGUGUAUUGGGUUACGUUUGAGUGGUCGAUACUUGAGUGUAAUAUUGAUAAGUGAACUUACACCCUGUAUAUUUUGUUGUUAAAGUUAGAUGCAAAUUACAAUUUUAAAAAAGUAUUGUGUCAUUCAAAUGAAACCCGAUUAAGUAUAAACUUACACUUUAAUUAUGGAAUUGUCAAAGUCAAAAGCUAAUAUUAUAAUGUUCGACCAUUUCAUGACAUGUACAGUCAAGUGCAAAAAUAUGUAUCGAAAAAAUCGUCUCAUAAAUAUGGUUCUACGCUCUUAUUACACCGGACUAAGAUGCUAUGGGACAUAUUUUUGAGUAAGAUGUGUACACCCAUAUUUUUACACUUGACUGUACCAAAAUUAUGAAUUAAAGUUGUGUUCAGAAUAACGUAACAUUAACAGACAUGGCAUUUGUGUAAAAAAAGAUUCUUUUAAGUAUAACUUUUACACCAUAACAUAGUUUGAGAAAACACAACACUGAAUGUCAGUUUUUCUGCGUAAUUGUGAUUAUAACUUUAGUUUUGGCAAUGACUACGUUUUUUUAUGUACCUACACGAUGUAUGUUUUGUUGUCUAAAAAUUCUAAAUAUCAAAACGCCUGGUUGUGUCGUCAAAUUCUGUUGUACAUUUAUAAAAUACAAAACGAUACAAAUCUGAAAUACUGUUGAAAACAUAUUUUAUAAAAUUUGUAACCCAAUAUAUAUUUUUAUCAAAUACAAUCUUUUAAAAAGAUAUAACAAUAACAAAUGUAUGCACAAUAAAUAUAUUAAUAUAUGAUCAGUAUUCAUAGACGCCGUAUCACUGGCAAUACUAUAUAUUUAUGUACAUAUAGAAACUUAUAUGGAUGUUGGUUAAUGCAGUAGUUUAAAUAUUAAAUACCUCGUAAACUGUUACCAACAUACAAAUAUUACAUUAAUUAUAUCGAGUUUAAAACCACAUUAUUUCAUGGUUGGUAUUAUAAAAAAAUCUUCAUAAUUCUAAUCUUCAAUUUUUAUUUAAAACUAUUAUAAAGUGACGACGCUUAACAUCAAGAAUUUCGUACAUUGACACGUCAUUUCCUAUCUCUUUCGCACGCACGUGUUUAUAUUGCUAUCUCACCGAUCAAUGUUACUGUGUGUAGGGCAGUUAGUACGUAUAAGCGUGAGAUAGAGAUCGGGAAAGGUCAAUGUACGAUAUUAUUCCUUCUUACCGUCCUAACUUUACCUGCCAUGUUUUAAGAUACAGUCAAUGUCAAAUACUCGGGCGUAUGAAUAAAACUACAUAAUUAUAUGACUUUGCCCUCGUAGAUAUUUCAAGACUGUACAGUCAAAGUACCUAUAGAAUAUGUGGACAAAAUGCCAAAAAUAUGUAUCUACACCCUUAACGUAUAAGCAAUAAAGUCGUGUAUACAUAUUUUAGCCACUUUGUCCGCAUCUAUAUUUAAUAUCUUGACUGUACAUAUGCCCUAUUCCAGUGAAAUUACUUUGUCAUGUAUACAUGACUAAAAAAAUUUGCGAGUUGUCGUCUAAGUCAAAUCUUUCGACCGCCAGUCUGUCAAUUUGAAAUAGCUACUUUCUAGCUACAUUAAGUUCAAAUUUGUUGAAGGCGCUCGAAGGACCUUUUAAUUUUGUCACCUUGUCCAUCCUAUCUCUUACUCUAGGAGUUAGAAAGAGAGCGAUAUAGUUAUACUUAGAUAAGUUUUCGAAUGGUGUCCGCAUGUGAUAGUUGUACAAAAUAUGGAGAUGUGCCAGAUGUAGAUAUUAAGUCUUGAAUUUUCGUAUUUGAUCUCGUUUACACUUCCAAGAACUCAAAAACGUUGGCUAUUUGUAUGGCGGCUACGGGACAAGUUUUUUUUUUAGUCUAGACUGGACCAGUAGCCUAUUUCACAACUGACAAUUGUCGCCCGACAGUGACACUUCGCUGUUCAUUGCCUGUUCAGCAAGAAAAUAUUGAUUCUGAGUAACAAUUUUACUUAUUAACGCAGAAAUAGGCACAGAAUGAUCAGUGUCAAGUGUCAAUGUCACUGUGGUGAAAUGGGCCACUGGUCAAGUGCUACAGUUUGACUAAAAAGAGUACAUAGAAAUUAUAAAAAGUGGCAAAAUUGAAGUUUUCAAAUCAAUCAAUCUGAGAAAACGGGACGACACUACGAUAUUGCCAUUUUUUUAAUUUCUACCUUUUUAGUCUGACUGUAUUGUAUGCAUUGUUACUGCCAAGUAUGUGAAAAGUUAGCGUAGUCUGUUUAUAAGGAACCAUUAAUCAAUUGAACCAUCAGGCCGACCAUUUUUUUUCCAUUAACUGUUAAAGGGUUUACAUUUUUUUGCCUACUUUGUAUGAAAAUGUGAUCUGUUAUGGAUGUAUGGCUAACAUAUAAUAAUAAUUAUUUUUAUUUAUGGAAGUGUUAAUUUCAGAUCAAAUAUGACUAAUGUUUAUUAGAUGACUCCAACCAAUCCUGUGUCUUAUUAUGUAUUGAAUCAAUUCGUACCUUGUUUCUUUUACACUAUUAUUAUAAUGCCGGUUCCGGAAAUAUGUGAAUAAAUUAUAAAAAUUGUGAA